AUGCAGCUGUUUCUAUACGCUCAAAACACCUACACUCUUGAUGUGACUGGGGAAGAGACUGUUGGGGAAAUUAAGGCCCAUGCUGAAUCCCUGGAAUUCCUGCUAUUGAACCAAGUGAUCUUUUGGCUGGCACUCCCUGAUGCCAUCCUAAGCCAAUGUGGAUCAGUGAGCAUUGCCCUUAGAAGUAGUGCUUGAUCAUUGGGUGACAAGGUCCAUGGAUGCCUUGCUCGAGCUGGAAAAGUAAAAGGUCAGAGUCCAAAGGUUGCAAAGCCAGAGAAGAGGAAAAACAAGACUGACCAUGCAAAGAGACGCAUGCAGUACAAUCGCUGUUUCGUAAAUGUGCCAUACUUUGGCAAGGGGAAGGGACCAAAUUCCAAUUCCUAA